UACAUGGACACACAGCAUCAGCACUGGAUUAAACCUCCCCACCACGACCCCCCUCAUUGAUUGAGGUACGACGAGUUCCUGCAAGUAGGUAAACGAGAGGGAGAGAGGGAGAGAGGAAAAGCUGUGAGGGAGUGGGAGGAAAAAUGAACCAGAAAGGGAGGCAGCGCAGUGCGAGCGAGCGAGAGAGAGGGGAUGGUGAGGGAGUCAAAGGCAGGAAGCAAGCAACAGCCAGUGGAACAGAAAUGCAGGGAGUUUGAGGGAGAGGGUGGAAAACGGAGGCCCGCCGCCGACGACAGGAGCGAAGUGAGGUAAGAGAGAAAGAAGGGCAAGGGUCCAGAGGAAGAAAACACACCGGGAUAACAUCUGUGGGAGAAAACAACGCACCAGAAGGUGGAGGUCAGAGUAAAGAAACAUGCAAGAGAAAGUUUAAAGACAGGACAGAUGAGAAAAACAUCUCCUGGUAAUGACAAAGCCGGGACACUUAAAGAAGGGACACGUCCUCUCGAGAGUCCCCUUCUUGGGCCGCAGAAUGUUCUCCCAGACAAAAGGGGUCGGGGAGCUACGCAUGCGACCCACCACUUCAAACCAACUACAAAAUGGAAUUCAAAGACCCCAAGCAGACAUCCUUGCCUAUUUUGGGACUGGGGACCACGCAACGAACACCUGUGGACCAAAGCAACAGAAUUCCCCCCUCAAUGGAUAUACUGCCAAGAAACAUUUAGCUAAUCGGGGGGGUCAUGCACGGUUAGACGUGACUGGCCAGAUUUGUCAGACAGAGUUAUCCAGCGUACAGUGGAAUCGGCCUCCAGGGAAGGGCCUGCAACAUAACAGCGUCUCUGUGAACUACAGCUUGAGAGAAUGCAGCUUUGUGGUCCACCGGCACCAGAUCGAGCCACACCCCUUCUUGAGGAAGUGUGCUCUGGACGCGCCAACACAGUUCAGAGGUCAUGGAAACUGUGGAGUGCCUGUUUGUGCAGCGGAGCAACAAUCAGGCUCUGUACGAGGGGCCCUGCUUACAGAACAACAUGCAUUGGACUGGAUGGACACAAGUGCCGCUCACAAUUCAACCUUUAAUAAGAAUGCAGAACUUUGCACUUCUAACGGACAGGGAACUUUAAGUAGAUGCCUGGGACGUGUCAUGCAAGAAUUUAACAGACCCAGUCUGGUGCAUGAAGUUAUGCUGUCUACCAAAGAUGUCAACAAGACCAAUUCUAAGCACCUUAAGUGUCAAGCAAAGGUCGCCCAAGGGGAUCUCAGUGGACCAGGAAGAGGGUCUUACGCUUUCAGCUCUAAGCACUCGCAAAGAGCUAUUCGGGACCAGAUCCAAAGAGUUGUUGUGAAUCUCGAGGAGGUUCUACAUGGCCUGAAAGAGAUACAUCUGGAAAUAAAGGAGGUGGUCCAGAAGAUAGACCUGUUGACGGCUGACAUUGAUAUGGGCAAUGAAGAACCAGGGGACACUUUCAAAGGAUGCCACUCAGGAAGGAUAGACACCAAAGUGGCAUCAUCUCAAGGAGUCUGUUCUGACAAGUCAUCCCUCAAAACACCAACUUCAUCUGUGGCCCCACCAGCAUAUCCCAUAAAAGAUCAAGGGCUGCAUGAUGCAGGCCAAAAACGGGAAUCAGCUCAGGAGUUGGUCAUUUCUCAAAGAGAUACAUCAGGGAUUGCUUCAAGGCACCGUAGCCAGAAGCCUCCUCCUUACCCCUACGCCAGCACAACAGGAAGAGUGAAUCCUAAAGCAAAAGACAAAGGUCAGAAGACGCCACCCUACCCCUUUAGACGGAAACUGCUCUCGACCAUUGUUUGAGCAGACCGUGGCUUCAGGGUACAAUGUGGAGCAUUACACUCUACAUGGUGUACCGUGUUACAGGCACCUUUGCGGUCUAUACGGAGGACACGACAGAAACAUCAUGUACUAAUAAAUCUAGAGAGUGACAUGGGUCACUGGGGACCACUUCUUAGAAAUACUGUACGUCAGAGGCAAGCCGAAGAAAUAAUCAAAGGAUUCUGACAUACCCCAAAGAUUUAGCGGAAAUUCUCUACAAGCGUGCCAUUACACCAG